UUUGGUCAAGAGAUGUCUCCAUGUGCAUGCACUAGUCUCUUGACCUACAUGCUUUAUUUAACUUGUAUAUCCUCCACUUUUAUUAGGGUCACCCUCCCUCAUCAACACCCUGACCCAGAAGCUAUUGUUCUGCAACUACAAAGGAAAGUUAAUGCUUCAAUAGCCUCCAGAAGACAACUACUUGAAACAAACCCAUUAUACAUUCAAUCAAAAGAUCAAACUCCUUGCCAGACCGGGAACCCAGUCGACGACUGCUGGCGGUGUGACCCAAACUGGGCCAAUGACCGCCAACGCCUCGCCGACUGCGCUAUCGGAUUUGGCCAGGGUGCAAUGGGUGGCAAAGGAGGCCAAAUCUACAUUGUCUCAGACCCAUCUGAUGGAGACCCCGAAAACCCUCAACCCGGAACACUAAGACAUGCUGUCAUACAAUCCGAGCCACUAUGGAUCAUAUUCGCGCGUGACAUGCACAUAAAUUUAAAAACCGAGCUCAUUGUCAGCAGCGCGAAAACCAUCGAUGGGCGUGGGGCCAUCGUGCACAUCACUGGAAAAGGGUGCAUUGUGAUUGAACAUGUGGGAAACAUCAUCAUUCAUGGGCUUUAUAUUCAUGACUGCGAGCCAUCGGGGAACGCUAAGAUAAGGGUGAGUCCAACAGAUGUUGUGGGCAGAGGGAAAUCCGACGGUGAUGGAUUGACAAUCAAGGGGGUACGGAAUUUGUGGAUUGAUCAUUGUUCUUUUGCCAGGUGUAAAGACGGAUUGGUCGAUAUCACAGAAGGAUCUACCGCCGUGACAGUGACCAAUUCUUAUUUUACGGAGCAUGAUAAGGUCAUGUUAUUGGGUCAUUCUGAUGAUUAUUUGGCUGAUGCUGGUAUGCAGGUGACAGUUGCUUUCAACCACUUUGGAAAAGGGCUUGUGGAGAGAAUGCCAAGAUGCAGACACGGGUAUUUCCAUGUCGUAAACAAUGACUACACUGAAUGGCAGUUAUAUGCCAUUGGUGGGAGCGCGGCUCCCACUAUUAACAGUCAGGGCAACAGAUUUGUUGCCCAGCCUAAUUCUCAUAAGGAGGUGACGAAGCGAAUGGAAGCGAAGGAAGAUGAAUGGAGGGGGUGGAAUUGGAGGACGGAAGGGGACUUGAUGGUUAAUGGUGCAUUUUUUACGCCCUCGGGUGCUGAGUUCAGUGUUCAAUAUGACAAGGCGUCUAGUGUUCCGGCGAUGUCGGCUUACCUUAUAAACCAACUAACUAUGCAUGCAGGUGUCCUCGUUGGCGUCCCAAGCAAUGUAGGUGACAAUCCACCUCCUGGGAUCAUACCACCUGGUGGCGAUGGCGGGGGCGGUCCUCCAAUGAUUAUUCCACCAGUUGAUGGUCAACCAAGUGGUGGCAACCCUCCAGGUACAAUACCGCCUGAUGGUGGUGAUUAUGGCUACUCUCCAAGUACAAUACCUCCAGGCGGCAACCGUUAUGGAGCCACACCACCAGGUUGCUACGCGCCUGGAAAAACACAAGGCGGUUGUAUUCCAGGUGGUGGUGGUGAUCCUGGGAUGGUGUCAGGUGUUGGGUACAGUUCGGUACCAGGAUCCCCACCGUUUGGGGUGCUACAAGGUUGCGGGCCUGGGAUAAUACCUUACUGUGGCGGUCCUGGCGGCAGAAUGGUUUCAGGUGUAGGUAGCAGCAUUCAUACAAUGACACGUUCAUCAAUAUUAACCUCCAUGCUUCUGUCUUCACUAGUUGUAUUAUCUACCAGUGUUGUAUUCUCAUUACAGUAGAUAAAAAAAUGACAAAUUC